AUGCCUGAUACACUGUCCAACUUGAGAAAGCUUAGGAGGUUCUUAUUUGAUAUUCCUUUGAAGUCGAAAUUCAAUUUCACUGGUGAAGUACGGAAAGAUAUUAGAAGAGAAUUAUUUUUGGCAAUAUCUAAUAAUGGGGAAUACUUGGAUUGGUUUUUUCCAAAUGCAUUCAAUAGCCAAGGUCAAGAUAGAAAUAGUGUAAUAGAAAGGAUAGACACCGAGUUUGAAUGGCUAUUUAGUAAUUAUUAUAAGUCUAAUCUUUGCGAAUCAGAUUCCAAGUACAAUAUGCAUAAUCAUGAUGCAUUCCAUUCCAACCUGCCUUGUGCAAGGAUAUUCCGUAAAGGGGAACCAAUAUAUAGAUGUUUGACAUGUGGAUUUGAUGAGACUUGUGCAUUGUGUUCAGAUUGUUAUGAUGCUGAAUGUCAUGAGGAUCAUCAAGUUCAUAUUACGAUCUGUCAACGAGAGAAUGGUGGUGUAUGUGAUUGUGGAGAUCCUGAAGCUUGGAUUAAAGAGUACUAUUGUUGUUAUGCAUUAAAAGACAAAGAAAGUUCAAAUAUGAGGAAUAAAGAGAUACCCAGCGAAUUUGAAGAAUCAUUCCUCAGAACGCUAGAGAUUCUAUUGGAUUUCGUUAUUGACAUUAUAAGUCAGUGUAAUUCACAAUUCAAUGAUAUAGAAGAUUCAGAAAGCUAUCGUAUACAACUAGAUACAAAUUUCAGCAGCUUGAACCCUACUAAGUAUGGGUAUGUGAAUGCGAACAUCGACAAUUUUGAUAAAUACAGUGAUAAAUAUUAUUUGAUGGUAUAUAAUGACCAAGUAAGACACUAUAGAGAUGCAGUGCAGAGAAUCCAUUUGGCCAGUAGAAAAGUGCCCCAGUUUGCAGUCAUGGUUGCUGAUAAAGUUCAAAACUAUGGAAGAGCAAAGGUUAUUAGCUCGAGCGACAUUAGCUUAUUGAGGGAAAGACAAAAUAUUUUAAAAGCAACAGGUCUUGCAACGUGCAUAAGGAACUACAGGGACGUGUUCAGGGAAGACAUGUGCAAUGAGAUUUUAAUUUGGAUUAAUGCUUUGACUGAAAGUGAAAUGUUUAAAAGCCAUAACAGGGCAAAGGAUUUAUUCUGUAAAGCUUUUUGCGGUAAAUGGAAUAUUGGGUUGUUGAAUUAUGCCGAUCACAACACAAAUUAUAAAUAUAAGGUUGGUACUUUGGACCAGUGUUUAAAGAUACCUAAAAUUCCAUCAAAUAUGUACACUAUGUUUGGGGUAUACGAUAAGACUUCGCAACCUCACUGGAAUUUCAAGCCUUCAAAGUGGGAGUUGCCAGAUCAAUUAUGCAAUGAUUGUGAAUAUAAUUUAUCGAUUGAAGACUAUCUUCCUCAUAAAAGUCACUUGGGCUCAAGAUUGCAAUAUUUUAUUUAUUUAGAUAUCAGAUUUUGGAAAUCUAUAAGGGUACUAUUGCAUGAUAUGUAUUCAAGUUCAUUAAUUACAAAUUUGCAUUAUAAGAAUAUUAUUUCUUGUCAAUAUGUGGAUAUUUACCCCGCAGUCGCAGAUAUGUUUUUAACUACGGACAGAGAGCCAGAGCUAAACGUUAUGUGUACACUUUCCACACAAUUGUUCACUUGCCCAUCAAAUUCUACUUCAAUAGUUCGACAUGGAGAUUUAUCAAGAAUUUUUGCAUCAAUUUAUGGUUUUCUUACUGUGGAAGAAAUAAAAUCCCCUGAAUGUGUUGAUAUAUCUCACGAAAUUUCAAUGAAAAGUUUGAAGAAUAGAAGAUGGGGUCAGAUAUUUUUUGAUAUUGGUUAUAUUUUGAGUAGAAGCCGUGACUCAAGGUCAAUAUUUACGAGCAAUAUUAUCCCAAUGGCCUGCGAUAUUUUGGCUUUAUUUCAAGGUAGACCAGUAAUGAAAAGGGAAAGUAAGAAUCACGUAGAAUAUGAAAGUCCAGACUAUACUGCAUUCUUUCACGCUAUUCUGGUUAUCUACCAAUUCGCUGAGUAUAUUGCACGUAGCCUUGAUAAUUUAAAAGAAAUGCAUAUUAAUGAGAGGAGAGAUUUGUCGAAAAAUGCAAUCGACUAUGUGACAAAGUUUUUAUUGAGGCUAGAAAGCAAUGAUUAUCCGGGAUUAAUUGAUGAAUAUGUGGAUAUAAAUAUUUCAGAUGAGAAGAAGUAUUGUAAAGAAUUAAUUGACGGUAGCUUGGUUCAAGAAUUUUUCAUCGACAGGGAAAAGGUAAGCUUUUUGCACCCCAUUCAUUCAUUUUUGUCUUGGCUUAUUGAACUAUCUGACUUAAAAACUCCAACGGAAAUCAAUGAAGUAAUAGACAGUGCCUCUACUGCUUACAAAAACAAUGCUUUAGUGUCCUCAAAGACGUUUGAUAUACCAAAUCCAUUAACUUCGAUAUUUGAGUACCCUAUAAGAACAAUUGUUCUAAUGUCGCAAAUAAAAUCAGGGUUCUGGGUGAGAAAUGGCUUUAGUGUUAGAUCUCAAUUACAACUUUAUAGGAAUACUGGACUUAGAGAAAGAGGAUAUUUGCGAGAUUUAUUUUUAACUCAAGUAUUCAUAAAUUCUAGUAGUCCAAACCUUGUCUGCUAUUUGUUGUUUAGUCGUUGGCUAUUGCUAGAUGGAUUUGUGAAAGAAAACAAACAAGACAAUACAAGUUUGCCUUUAGAUGAAUCGAAAAAUUUAUUAGCGUAUGACCUGAAGACAUUACCUUAUAUGAUAGAGGAAAUUUUAAGUUUUUUUGUUCAUAUAUUAACAGAGGAUCUUUACCUAUGUGGUUUCAAGAAUGAAAUAAUAAAUGAGAUGCGUAUAAAGAAUGAAAUUAUUCAUAAUUUAUGCUUUGGUCCAAUGAAUUAUACUAAACUUUGUUCUCAAAUACCAGACCAUAUAACAGCAGAGAAAAGAUUCGAUCUUAUUUUGGAAGAUAUUACUAUUUUUACACCACCUAGUGGGUCCAAAGGUAUUGGAAUCUAUAAAUUGAAGGAUGAAUAUUUCGACCAAAUUAAUCCCUAUUAUUUCAAUUAUACGACCAAUACUAAGGAUGACGCAAUUAAGUUUGUUAAAGAUCGUAUACAUAAGAAGACUUGCGUCCCAAUAUCAGAGGUAGUUAUAUCACCAAAACUGAGAAGCUGUGAUGAAUUGAGUGUUUAUAAAAAUAUUGGAAACUUCUCUGUAUCGUUAUACUUCCGUGAUUUUUUGAUUAAAACUCUCACCUACAGUUCAAAUGAAGAUGCUGAUAAAAUCGAUAUAAUAUUAGAAACUACGUUACAUUUGAUACAUAUUUGUUCACUUGAAGAAGCGAUAGAUAUCGAGACUUAUGGAAGUUUCUAUAAUAAUUUUGUCUAUACAUCCGAUAAUAAUGAUGUAUCAAUUGCAGUUUUGUUAUACAAAAUUGUAUCUGAUGGUAAGUUUAAAGACCAUCAUGCCAAGAUUCGUUCUAUAUUCAAAGUAUUUGAAGACAAGUAUCACAAUUUGAGUAGUAUAUUGACUGAUCAAGUGAAUAAUUUUGAUCCGUUUAAGCUAGAGAUAAAUACUCAUCAAGACUCAAAUGAAAACGAAUUUGAGAGAAAAAAGCGAAUGGCUAAAGAAAGACAAUCUAAGCUUAUGGCAAAAUUUAAGAAACAGCAAUCACUGUUUCUAUUGAAAAAUAGCUUUGAGGCUACCGAUUGCAGUGACACUGAAAUGGAAGGCUACGAAGAAGAAGAUGCUGGAUGGAAAUUUCCAGAGCCACGUUGUUUGCUUUGUCAAAAUGCGUCAGAAGAUGCUGGUCCAUUUGGAAUAAUAACAUAUAUUUCUAAGUCUUCGGAAUUCAGAAAUGUACCGUUUGAUAACAAUUAUUGGUUUUUAAAAUCAUUUUCGGACUCUCAAAAUUUAGAUGCAGAUGGAAACGAAUUCGAUGAAACAAAUUACAAUGAAAAUUGGAAAAAAUACAUAAAAAAAGUGAAAGAUUCAAAUGUCAUUGGUCCCGGAUUUCCACAUAGAGCCCAUGUCGAUAGCAAAUUAGUCUCUCUGAGCUGUGGCCAUGGUAUGCAUUUUCAGUGUUAUAUGAAUUUUUUGAACACUAACCACAAUCGUCUGAAUCAAAUUACCCGAAGUGCCCCAGAAAAUACAGAACAUAAAGAAUUUCUAUGUCCUUUAUGUAAAGCAAUUAACAAUAUGUUUGUACCUAUCUUAUGGACAUCGAAUAAGAGAUCACUCACGAAGUUUUUAAAACCAGCAAAAGAUCUCCAUCCAUUUGAAAAGUUAGAAUCUCAAAACAUCCAUAAUAUGGAUUGGUUUGAGGCAUUUACAAAAACGACUAAUACUGAUAUUGAAGAAUUCGUAAAUUUGACACCUGCGGCCAAAGAAAUGAUAGGUCAGAGUUCCGCUGUUAACGCUACUUCAAAUCAACAGCAUUUUAGAAUGCUUUUGUCUAAUAUGUUUCAGAUUUUGUCUUUAUUAACGUUUCCACAAAUUCUAAAAGCUGAUUCAACAACUUUAUUGGUGAAUACUAUAAAAUCUACUGAGAUUGAAUUGAGAGGUGUUGAUUCUAAUGGUGAACUCAUAAUCAACCAAUUGUAUAAUAAUUCAUUGAUAAAUUUAAGAACAUUGAAUGAGUUUCGAAAUACGAGCUUGUUAAUGAAAAUAAUGAACUGGAUUCCUACUGCCAAUCCAAAGUCUGAUGCGUACGUUAAAAUUUUGGCAAAUAUGUUGACUUUAUCUUCGGAUAUAUUUAACUCUUCCAUUUUGGAACGAGAUUUUUUUGAAGUGUUGGUAAACAUAUUUCCAUUACAUACAUCGGGCUUUUCUUUUAAUUCUAUAUUAAGAUUGUGCUUCUUGGGCCAUGUUAUCCAAAAUCUUUUUACUAUUACCACUGAAAUAUUAAAACAGGGCUUCUACAAAAAUGAAGAUUAUUCUAUCCUUGAUAUCCCUAUAAUACCAAACAUAAGCGAGGAUAUAUCAAUGGCUAUGAUUGGUCUUUUCAAACAAAUCAAUUAUUUCUCAGGCUUCACACAAUUUGAUGAGGAAUUUAUUAAAGACUCCAAGUUUGGUAAAGUUAUCUAUUCAAUGCUAAUAAAAGCAUCCACUCCAUUUUUGAGAAGAGCUGCUAUUUUCUCUUUCGUAAAUUGUGCCGAAAUAGAUUCUAUUGAAUUCAGUCAAUACGAUAGGUACACUAACGAAGCAGAUAAAUUAUGCUCUUUUAUGCAUAUAGAUAGUUUGGAGGUGCUUUUACGCAAUAUUUGCCUCUCGGAGGAAGCUAGUUAUGAAGCGCAAAAAUUCAACAGCUUCCUUAAUUCCUUGAAAUCGUUGAAAAUCUCCACAAUUGAAAAUCUUGAUAUGCGGAAAGCAUUAGAGUAUCCUGGUAUCGUAAGAUUAAUAGACUUGCCUGAGAGAUUAGAUCAUUUUUUUACUAGAUACUAUUACCUGGACAGAUAUAAUAACCCUCACAUGUCCAUUUUCGAUCCGGCGAUCUGUUUAUUUUGCGGAGAGGUAGUAGAUGCUCAGAAAUGUGCUGUGGGAAAUAAUGAAGGUCAAUGUACUACACAUUUUAUGAAAGAGUGUUGCAAUUCAGUUGGUUUAUUCUUACUUCCUAAGGAACGUUGUUUUCUUUUAAUGCAUAAAAGGGGAGGCUCAUUUUAUAAUGCACCUUUUUUGGACCAACAUGGCGAGUUAGCAGGAGAUGCAAAGAGAGGAAAGACGCUUCAUUUGAUGCAGCCAAGAUAUAAUAAUUUCAUUAGAAACAUAUGGCUCCAGCAUAAUGUGUCUAAUUAUAUUGUUCGAAAGUUAGACAGUGUAAUGGAUGCCGGUGGCUGGGAUACUUUAUAG